CAUAGCGUGUAGUUGCAGAAACGUAAUGAAUAUACUCCGUAUAAUCAUAGCGUGUGCCGAGAGAGUCAAACCCAGGUCACACUCUCUCCGAAUCUCUCCCUCUCUCGCUCGGUUACGAUUUUCGACGAGUUAUUAGGCUCCCACGAGGAGUUUUACAUUCACAAAUCUCAAUCUCUUGCCAAAUUGAGCUUUGCAAUUGAUGGAGGUGGUUUUCGAGCAAAAAGACGCGAGCGAUUGGAUUUACAGAGGAGAAGGAGCUGCAAAUCUUGUUCUUGCUUACAACGGUUCCUCUCCUGCUUUUGUUGGGAAGGUACUACGGAUACAAAAAUCUCCUAGGAAAGGAUCUCCAAGAUAUGUUUCUGAAACUAAGGAUGGUCAUUCAUCUCUAACCUCGGAUGAGUGCCGUCUGUGGAAAGAAACUGAAGACCUUGUUUCAGCUCCAACAAGGGAAAUUGCAGAGCAACUGUAUGUGCAGCAUGUAAUCACCCCGCUAUUAGGUCCUGGACAUGUUGACGCUGGGAUACGUGUUCAUGUAUCAAGGGAUUUUCUGGAGUCAGUUGAAAAGAAUGUCCUUUGUCAACGCCCUUCUUGGCGAGUUGAUGCUGCCCAGGUCAACACUCUUUGUCAUGCUGCACUUCUUAUGUCGGAUCAUUCAGUUUUUCCCCGUGGUAGCCUUAAAGAUCAAGUUUCCAUAUCUGUUGAGAUAAAGCCAAAAUGUGGGUUUCUUCCAUUUUCAAAAUACAUAUCUGAGGGAAAUGUCAUUAAAAAGAGAAUAAGCCGCUUCAGAAUGCACCAGUCAUUGAAAUUUCAUGAAAGAGAGGUAUCAGAAAUAAGUGAAUAUGAUCCACUUGAUAUGUUCUCUGGAUCCAAGGACAGAGUACGUAAAGCAAUCAAGGCUCUCUUUGUUACUCCUCAGAACAAUUUCCGUGUUUUCUUGAACGGUUCCCUAAUAUAUGGAGGCUUGGGUGGUGGGGGGGAUAGCAUUAGUCAUAUGAGUGGAGAAGCGUUUGAAGAUGUACUCAGGUCUGUGAUUCGGACAGAUGAUGGCCUACGCACGUCGAAUUUCCUACACCUUGUUGCCGAAACUGUUUUCAGAUCAGGAUUACUAGAUCGGCUUCUCAAAAUUCAGAAACUUGAUGUCUUUGACAUAGAAGGUGCAAUUCAUGCCUAUUACAACUUUAUUUCUCAGCCUUGUACCGUGUGUGGAGAUCUGGGUGAAGACAAAGUGUCGGACAGAUACAAGUAUCUGCAUUCAUUGUCUUUGGAUGAAAGCUUGAAGAUUGUGAGAGACUAUUUGAUAGCUGCAACUGCAAAAGAUUUGAGCAUGAUGAUUUGUUUUCGGCCAUGGGAAGAGGAGGACGUAGAAUCUUCAUAUAGUAGUGUAUUUCUAAAGUCAACCAACCAGACAUUCGAUUACAAGGCAUCUUUUAUUGACCUAGAUAUGAAACCUUUGAAUAAGAUGGAACGCUAUUAUGAAUUAGACCAGCAGAUAGUCAGCUGCAACACUGACAUUACAAAUGGAGAGCAUCAAUUGGAUAACUCUGUGUCCAUUGGAGCUUAUAUAACUGCAUAUUCAGAUCACUCCAACACCGUGGAAGAUGCUUCUCAUGCGAGAGAUCCUACUGUUAUGGGAGCUUAAUAGGAGUCACAAGGAGAAAGAGACAUAUCGGACUUUUCCUCUGCGACAAGGAAAGUGACUUUCAACUACUCCUAGCCCUCUUGAACCCACAUGCCCUAUUUACUCAUACAGCUGAAUUUUCGAGUAACCUUAGUGGAAGUGGUGGGUAAUUAAUAAUCAGCAAGAAGAUUGAUCAACCCUUUUGCUGGGGAAAUCGAUUUCCGAUUUGGAAUCCAUUGCAAAGCUAGUGUGUAAAUUUCUGCUAAGGUCUUAGCAAACUCAAUUACGAACUAUACUUGUUAGGUCAUUGAUCUGUUGUAAUUCGGCUUGUAUCCUUCGGGCAUGAAGUGAUUUCCAAGUUGUAACUUCUCUCGCUUUUUUUAAUCGUAAUAAUAAACUGUAACAUAGUGUUCUUUA